AUGGGUGCCAUUCACGGAAAAUAUCGUCUUUCUCGGGCCGAGGUUAGGGCUCUUGCAUCAAAAACACAUUUUACCGAAAAGCAAAUUAGAAAAUGGCACAGCAUAUUCCUGGUACGUUUUAAUGCUUACUUAUUCCUACAUACGCAGUAUAUUCUAAACAUUUUAGUGCUAUCAAAGGACUGUCCAUCCGGCCAAUUGAAUCGUCACGCUUUUUUGGAUAUGUACACACACUUUUUUCCCGAUGGGAAAGCCAAAGAUUUCUACGCUCACCUCUUUCGCACCUUUGAUCAGGACAACAGUGGCCACAUUGACUUUUCGGAGUUCCUUUCUGCUAUCAGCAUAACCCAGAGCGGUAGUCCUGAGGAAAAGCUGAGUCUUGCCUUCCAACUCUACGAUAUCGAUGGGAACGGGUGCAUUGAAGAGUCUGAGAUGAAUGAAAUAAUCAAGGCCAUUUACCUCAUGGUGGGUGAGACCAAUCCAAGCCCCCAGAAUACUUCUGAAGUGAGGACUCAUGCAAUUUUUAAGAAAAUGGACCUCAACUCAGAUCAUGUCCUUUCAAAAGAAGAAUUCAUUCGUGGGUGCAUCAACGACGAACACCUCUACAGCCUUCUAUCCAAUGCCGGGAACUGA